UGGAGAGUUCCAUAAAAGUGGGUCAAAGGUCACACCUAAAAUUGUUACAUAAAACUUAGUGAUAAUCGUGAACGAUCACUUGUUAUUAAAAGUAUUAAAAUCUUUAGAAAGUUCUCUGUCGGCAGUUAAACUAUUGAAUGUUAUUGCUAUGGUGUUAAACUCAAUUUUUACAACUAUGGGUAGCACACUUGGAAAAGCAGUUAUUUUAGAUUUUGGUAUUCAAUGGGCCUGCUGGGCAGUUGCAGCUUCUCUAAAAACGGAAAAGUUUUAUGAUUUAGCUGGUAAGUUCGUUGCCCAUCUAUUAUUUAUUAUGAUUAUAUUAUUAUUAUUAUAACGCAGUUAUAAGCACAAUUCUUUUGUUUCCCUCUUAGAUACGACUUUUCAGCUAAGUGCUAUUAUUAUUUAAUUCUGUUUUUAUUGUUGUUUGUUCAGGAUUGAAAUUGAAGGCUUCCUGCAGACACGUUCGUUUUGCUGAGUUAUUUUUUUCAUGAGGUUUUCCCAUUACUUUGAAACUGUUUCACUCAUUGCCUUUAUUAUACUUUAUAAUGCCAUAGUUAAGGUAGUGUGUCCGUCGUGACGUUUCUAAGUCCUUUAUAUUAACUAUGUUUUUGUGUGUUUAGGGCAAAAUCUUCAAAUAGCCUAUUGACCCACUUCCCAGACCUAUCGAGAUGAAACUUGACAAAUUAGACUGGUUGCUGAUAACACAUGCUUUCAAAUUUUCAGUUUUUCAAGGCGAAGAUGAAGGAAAUAUGAUGACACUAAUUUCAAGAAAUAGAAUUCCUGAUAACUGCUCUAAAUGAGAUUCAUUUUAAAAAAAUAUUCUGAAAUAGUUGGUGAAAUAAAUCUGCCAUGUAAAAGCAGGUGGGUCAUUAGAAUAUUGAUAUAGUACAGGGGUGUGAAAAAAAUCUGCAAUUGCGAGCCUUGGGGGGAGGUGGGUGGGUAGCACUGAUUGCGAUUUGUAUUAGUGUUUUACUUAUACGGUAGUAAUAUGCAUUUUUUGUUGAGUUUUCAGAGCCCCCCCCCCCCCCCCCCCCCAUUGGUGCUUGAUGUUACAUUUUAUAAACGAUUUAUAUGAUAAACUUUGAUUUUAGAGGUUGUUUAAUUAGGGUAUGAGAUGGUCAAAUUUGAACAAGUCAAAAUGGUAAAGGCAAAUCAGGAAAACCGAAUGCCAUUUGAAUAUAGCAGGACAUUCGCUGCCACUGCCAGGGGAGAAAUAGCUGCCAUUUUUCACAGUGCAGAUUGUGAUCCCCAGAAAAGUGGCAGGUCUUGUGGUUUUUAAGAAGAUAUUUUCCGCUGCCAAGAAGCGUGUCAAUCAGAUUGUUUGUCAUGCUAAGACUUCGUACUUUAGCCAAACGAUAACUAUGGGUAAAACCAGCAGGCAGUUGUUUGAUGUUUCGGUGUUUCCUUUGCCCCAACAACCAGAUAUUUUCUGUGAUUUAUUUACAAGCAAAGUUGCUGGCAUUCGCACUGAGCUUGAUCGUAUUGAUGCACCAUCCCUUGAAUUGCAUCCUUUUCCUUGUCUACCUCAUAUUUCAAUAUUUUUAAACCUGUUUCAGAACUUGAGGUCAAAAGUAUAAUUUUAAAAUCUAAACAUACGUCAUGUUCUUUGGAUCCAAUCCCCACCUCCCUGUUGGUUGAGUCAUUAGAUAUCUUGCUCCCAACGAUAACCUGCAUAAUAAAUUGUCUUCUGGCACUGUUCCCCCUCUUUGCAAAUCAGCUGUCAUCAAACCAUUGCUUAAGAAGCCUGGUCUGGAUGAAAAUAAUUUUAAAAAACUAUAGACCUGUAUCUAACUUAUCAUUUUUAUCUAAAGUUAUUGGAAAAACUAGUCCUAAAACAACUUUUUGCUUACUUAAACGACCACUCUCUUCUCAGUUCUAAUCAGUCGGCUAUAGACAUUUCCAUAGCACAGACAUAGCUCUCUUGGGAGUCAGUAAUGACCUCUUGCGCGCAAUGGACAGCGGUAAUGUCUCCAUCCUGAUCCUCUUAGACCUCAGUGCGGCCUUUGACACUGUUGACCAUAAAAUCCUUUUCAAAACCCUUGAAAAUUACUUUGGAAUUUCUGGUUCAGUUUUGGCUUGGUUUAGGUCCUACCUCUCUGAUAGAACGCAAGCGGUCUCUGUCGAUGGCUGUCUCUCGGCAGUGCUGAUUUGGUGUACGGAGUGCCACAGGGGUCCGUUUUGCUUGGGAGGCAUGCUGUUGAGAACCGGGCAUUUGCAGAUGACACGCAGCUAUACAAGCAUACCCAUCCCUCUCUUGUCGAUUCUGCUAUCCAGACUUUGCGGGGGUGCAUUGAUGAUGUCAAGUCAUGGAUGACACUCAGCAAGUUGACGCUUAAUGAUGACAAAACAGAAGCACUCGUCAUUUACAAUCACAAAUCAUCCUCUACCUCAACUCUUCCCACCUCAUUUCAAGUAGCUAACUCCGUCAUACAGUUUACACCCUCUGCUAGGAAUUUUGGUUAUAUUCUUUCUAACAACAUGUCUCUCGAUAAACUGAUCUUUCACAUUUGUCGUUCGGCAUACACACUAUCCGUCAGAUCAGCUCCAUCCGCCACUACCUCACAGUUAGCGCAACAAAAACUCUAGUCUGUGCUCUUGUUCACUCUCGUCUUGACUAUUGCAACUCUCUUCUGUAAACUGUAAGGUUCAUCAAAACACUUCCUAGAAAAACUGCAGAAAGUUCAAAACUCUGCUGCUAGGCUUGUUCUAAAGGCAAAAAAACGCAAUCACGUCACUCCACUACUCCACUCACUUCAUUGGCUCCCUAUACAGGCACACAAUGACUACAAGCUGUCUGUUCUCUGUCACAACUUUUUCUCGGAUUCCAGCCCUUCCUAUCUAACCGAACUUCUUUCUGUCUAUUUACCCCUUCGACAGCUUCGCUCCCGCAGACGCGCAUAUUCUGUCCGUUCCCAAGACACGCACUAAAUUAUAUGGUCAACGAUCUUUCUCUUUCUGCACCCCCAAACAAUGGAAUUCUUUGCCACUACACAUCCGCAAUAUACCAACCACCCAGGCCUUCAAAACUGCACUCAAAACACAUCUCUUUAAACUAUACUACCCUGACUGAUUCCCCUCCUCUGACCGAUAAACGAUCCUGCUGGCUGCCGUCCAUGGUUUGCCUUGUAAAAUUUCUGGGGUGGGUGGGUGAAUAUACCUUUGUUUUUGUCUUUUGACUACUUGCUGUUUUUUUAUUUCUUUUAUGUAUUUUAUUUUGAUAUCAUGAUUAGGUCUCUUUUGCUAAAUAUUUUUAUGUACAGCGUGGUGAGCCCAGUCCUAGGCUGGGGUACCGCGCUAUAUAAGACAACUAAUUAUUAUUAUUAAAUUUACAAAAUUUAGCCAUCCUGAGUAGAUUCUGUGACCAAAUGUGCUACCCAUUGCAUUUUCUAUAUGGGAAUUCAGGCUGGACAACAGGAAACUGAAGCUGUACAGCAAAAAGUCACCAAGUCCAAACUUCUGUCUUAGUUUAAACUUAAUCUAGUAGACCCUAAUGCCUGAGAGUAUUUAUAUAUUGCAAUUCCUGAACACUAUACAUGGGAUGACAGAAAAUUCAAAAUGGAAACCACGUUUUAGAGGACAAGAAACUGCAAUUGGCAGAAUGUGUACCGCAAGUCCCAUGAAUAGAAAAAAAUGUUUGCUCCAAAAUUCUUCUUAUCAAUGUUGGAGGAGCAACAUCUUUAAAUGACUUGAGAACGGUCAAAGGAAAUCCUAUCCCCUUGGCAAAAUUCCAAGAAGCAUUCAUUGCAAGGGGAUUAACUGAUGAUGACUCAAAAUGGGAUACUUGCCUAACAGAAGUUGCAACCACUCAAAUGCCAGUACAACUUAAGCAUUUGUUUGUGUUUAUUUGUAACAUGUGUGAGUUGAUGGAUGCAGCAGCAUUAUUCAACAGACAUAAGGACAAUCUUAUGGAAAAAAGGUCUCUCUUUGAAACUUAAAGAAAUGAAUCUGUCAUUCUAACACAAGGAAAGUCAAUGGCAGAUUUUGGCCUAGAACUACCAGAUGACAACUUUAAAAAAGCCAAUCCAUUCUUGAAAAUAUGAUCCUAUUGCCGCAAUAACGAUGUUCGAAGAUAAGUUUCAAAUUCUCAACUUAGGGUAAAUAAGAGCUUUCGACAAAAUCGGGGAAGCAAUUGAAAACCAUAACUUACUCAAACUUAUAGUUUUUAUUGAUAAAAAGUGGUAAAGCCUACUUUAAAACACAAUCAUGCACUAUGCGCGUAUCAAAAAUGAAUUAUUCUUGCCAUUUGCAUUUACAUACAACAUUUCUUGAGGGAGGCAGGUCUUCCCACAGUCUGAAACUGACUAUUCCAAUAAAUGAAACAUCAUCAUAAACUGAAAAAGGUCAAAGGGAUCAUCUGGGAUGAAUCUUAAGUGACCAUAGCACAAUGAGUAAAUGCAGUUAACAUUUAUAUGCAUCUGUAUAAAGAACUCUUAGCCAAAGAUCAAAAGUUCCUUCUAAAAAACAUUUGGAGGUGCUGACUUUCUUUUCGAUGGAGAUUUUAGACAAAUUGUUCUGGCAGCAGAACCAAAAUACUUUCUUUAUGUAUGAAGAAUUGUAAGGGUUGGAAAAAUAUUCAGGUUCUAAAGUUAGACCAAAACAUGCAUGCCAAAGAGGACAAUGUCCCAUCAGAACAUGGAGACUUUUCCGAUUGGCUUUUAAAACUUGAGAAUAGAAAACUCCAAGAGCCUGGAUUAGAGGUUGACGUCUAUGAAAUUCCUCCAGUCAGUAUUGAAAAUGGAUGUAUUGCUGAUGCUGUCUUUCCUGAGGUCAUCCAAUCAAGAGAUGACAGCAUUGCUGACCACACAAUCCUGACUCAAAAAGAAAAUCACAAGUCACUUGAACUUAUUGAAAAUGUCCUUAGAUGAAUUCAAUCUGAAUUGAAAUGAAGUAAUUAAACUUCAUAGCCAGCUGUGGCUUUAUCAAUAAGAGCAAAUAAAAAUGCUCACCGUUCGGGCGAAGAACAGGUACUGCAUCUAGUAUAUUAUAUAGAGUUAAAAUAGAUAAUAGAUACCUAAUAUCUAUUUACUCAGGACCCAAUUAAUGCCUUUAGAUGCCUUUUAGACCAUCUGUGCCAAUCAUUUCACAAUCUUUUUAGACUACUUUCCCCAUGGCCGCCAUCUUUGUUGCCAUGGUGGCAGAUGUGUCACAGCAAGAAAGAUGGUGACUGUGUAAAAAUAAAAAUUGUGCAAAAAACAUGUCUGCUAAAAAGUAGUUAUAAAUGUGCAAAAAACAUGCAAAUUUAAUGAAAUUUUCAAAAGAAAAAUCUACAACUCUACCUAAUCUGCAGAAGUCCCCCCUAACUUGUGUGUAAAUUUACCCCUUUUAAUCCUCCCUUGUGAAAGCGUAAAUCUUCAAACCUAAAAUCUAACAUGAACCCUGAAACCAUGUGUUCAUGUGCGACAGUUAAUACACACUGUACCGUACUCAGAAAGUCAUAAAGUUGAAGAAAAAAAUAAUGAAAUUAUUUUUAAACAAUUUUAAAGUAAUGAAAACCAAACUUAGUUUCAUAGUAUACAUGAUAUAGGCCCUACAUGGUCAGUAGGAAUUGAUUUUAAUUGAUUAGAACCCUUUCACCUUCAAAUAUACACACUAUGGGGUUGCUGCCAGUUCUCUGCUCAAUCAUCUUAUGUUAAGAUUUUAUUUAAUAUGGGGUAUAAAGGAACAAAUGAAGAAAAAUUUCUUAAACUUUCUUGUUUUUCAGUUUUAUUUUAGUGAAGAACAUGGGGAGAGACUGCAAUCAAGUUGUAAAUUAGGAAAUAUGAAACACAAUAUAUAUAAAAGCUUGAUAUUUAAAAUAAGUUAACCAAAGCUCUUCUAAUUUAAGAAGAAUGUCUUCUCAGGAUUUAUUAUUUCAUGCCUUUUAACAAUUUUUUUAACUGCACAACAUACAGGUUCAAGUACCUACAUCCUCUUGACUUUUUUGAGUAUGAACCAGAACAAAACUAUUCACACAAGGCAAAAGGUGAACAGCAGCAUGGUAAUUGCUUGGGCUUCAAGGUAUGUCAAGAGAACAUAUUAGGCAGAUUAAAGUACACUAAGUGUUAUAUUUAGUAUUAUUAUGGCUAAUACACAGAAAACUUACACAUCUGUUCAGCUGCAUGUCUACAUUUGUAAUGACUUGUUACAAGCAAGACCUUAUGGCCUCUCUCAUCUCAACUCAAGAAAACAUGGGCUUCAUGCACUGACACAAAGGGAAGCAACUGAAAAUUCAACAACAAAGAUAUCACAACAUCCCACUCUGGAAAGAGGUGGCACAUUAAACAUUGACAACAAUACAGUUUAUUAAUUAAGUUAUCAUGAGUUGAUUGUAAUUAAUCCACUAAUUAUAAAUAAAGUCUUUCAAUCUUGUAGUCUUCUUGUAGUCUAUUUCCCACCCUUUGUAGGUUGUGGUAUGGUUGCUGACUGCUGAGUUUUGGUUUAUCUGUUAACUCGGGAUGCCUGAUGUCAUGAUAUUGGAAGUCAGAAUUUAUAUUGGGUUUAUCAGAGUGGUGCUGAGUUUCAGGAACUCUAUUGGAUGCAGUAGCUGUCCACUCAUCCAUUGGUACAAAUCUUCUUAGAAGAAAUCGAUUGCGACGAUAAAUACCACUGCUCGAUGUCACUUCAUAUGUUUGUUCAUCAAGUUGUUAACGGACAACUCCCUUUUCCCAUCUCUUAAUUGCCUCGUGAGAGUGGUUUAAGUCUCACUGCUGUACAUUAGGUCGACACACUAUGCUUGAGAGUGAUCAUCAGCCCUUGGAAGCAAUUAUGGCAAAAUCUCUCUCACCUGCUCCUCGAUGACAAGGAGUUAUGCAGAGAAUUCAAGAUAUUGAUAUAAGUGUGAAUUAUAAAAAGGAAAAGGAAAUGUACCUUGCUGAUACUGAUACACUCUCAAGAGCCUACAUACAAUCAUCUGAGAGCAAUCAAGGUGAAUUCGAACAUACAAAUAUGGUCAGUUUUCUGUUCUAUUCGUGUAGAAAAACUACAUAGACUAAAAUAAAAAAACUGGAAAAGAUAUCACUCUCAAAAAACUUAAAACUAUAAUUACUUCUGGCUGGCCUGAGGACAAGAAUCUAUUGCGUAAUGCAUUAGCGUCCAAUUAUAAUUACUGAGAAGAGAAUGAUGCGAACCACUAUUAAGAACCCCUGUACCAGUACUUGAUUGUGUCCAGUAGAUUUGUUGCAAGGUAGAUACAUUUUACUUUUACUAAUAAAAUUCCAAAAUUUAAUUUCUAAUAAUUUUAUUUGAAGGUUGGGAUUUUACUUAUUUACAAGAAUACUUAAAGAUGGAAGUGAUAAAAGAUUCAAUGCAGUUAAAACAAAGCCUGGUGUAUUUUGGAUAUACUGGACAUUGCAAGGUAGAUACAUUUUUCUUGGCAAUUAAACUUUAUAAUACCAACUGAACUUAAUGCUGCAUGUUAUGUUAAGGAAAAGUUAAUAAAAAGUAUUGCCUGUUUGAGAGUAUGUUCCAAGUGAUGUAAGAGUUAAUACACAUUUGUUUAAACAUGGAGGCUUAACAUGAGGUUGUUUCCCUUUUUGUCUUCACUUGUAUCUAUCAUUUUCAACUAAUGAGGACUGUUAGAAGCCCAUUACCAUCUUUUGGUGAAGUUAACACCAAUGUUAAGAUUUUAAAUACCUUCAUUUUGAAUUGACCUUUGACAUUACCAAAUGCAAUGUGAAAGGAGAAAUUUCAAAAGAGAUGCACCUUUUGUAAAAAAAAAUUAAUAAGCAUCUUUUGUCAUUUAAAAAAAGACAUCACCUUGUCUAAUUUGGUGUAAGGAAUGCUGCCCUUGUGCCUCACCCCUAUUGACUAAGCCAUCUCUGGGUACUUUACUUUUUUAGCAUCCUUGUUACAACCGUGUUAAAGUAGCAUAAAAUACACACCUUCAGAACUACUGCACACACACACCCACACUUUUUUUUUAGCUUAGGUAUCAAAAAUAAAAUUAAAACUCCUUUAUCAAAUUUAAUGAUUUAGCUUAAUGAUAUUUUAAACUAUGGAACAUAUAUGCUUAGAUGUAUAUUUAUUAAACUCAACUCAAUUAUUUGACUUGGAAAGUCUGCUAUUCAUUUCACAGGGGUCUGGGUAUUUUCAACACUUCUCCCAACUCUGAUUGUUAAUUCCAAGAAAGACAACACUCGAAUAAAAACAAGGGAUUAUGCAGGAUGGGGUUUAUGGGGACUUGGCUUUCUAAUGGAGGUACUGGCUGACUAUCAAAAGUCCCAGUUCAGAAAAAAUCCAGAAAAUGCUGUAAGAAAUCCUUUUUUGAUUUAUAAUUAAUAUGUAGGCCUAAUUUAUGGCUAAUCCUCAUUCUAGUUUGUUGCUUAAAUAAAUGUUUUUUUGCCGCUAUUUGGAAUGCAUUUUGUGGGUCAUUAAUUAGCAAUUUUAUAACAUUUUAAGGAGUAUAUAAUAGAAGUGGUUAUAAAUGCUAAAUUAAUUUUUUUAAAUGAUUAACAUUGAUGAAUGUUUUCAUUCAAAUUAUACAUAAGAAUAUUAUGAUGCCAUGCAAUAUUUAAAUAUGCCAAUGUAUUGAAUUAACCCUAAUGUGAACGUAAAAUACAAUUUGGAUCUACAUUUCUUCAAUAAUGCAUCUACAGAACCAAAUAGGAAUAAAGCAAGAAUUUUUUUUUUUUUAAAUGUAUAAAUUUGAAUUUAAUUAAUAAUAUAUAAAUAUAUUAUAUUUUCAUGUGAAAAUAACAAGCAACAUGUCUUUUAAAUAUAUAUUUCCCUUUCAGGGUAAAUUUAUCAACACUGGCUUAUGGAGCAUAUCAAGACAUCCAAAUUAUUUUGGAGAGAUACUUAUGUGGUCUGGGCUCUAUGUCUCUGCCAGCUCAACACUGAAAGGUUGGGAACAUAUCAGCAUCAUAUCACCUUUGUUUUUGACUUUUCUUCUGACAAAUGUUAGCGGCAUUCCACCCCUUGAAGCAGCAGGACAAAAGAGAUGGGGUUCAGACCCAGACUAUGUUGCUUAUGUUAAAAACACAGCAAAACUUAUUCCUUAUAUUUGGUGAUGAUAUAGAACCAAAUCUUAUUAUUAUGAAAUAGACUACAGCAAGCCUGCCUCCCCUUUCCUCUGCAUACUGCCUUCACCCAAUUGGUUCUCUCUUGCUUUUGUGCUUCUUUAGCACUAUUUUUCUUUCUGAUGUAUAGAUUUCUUCUAAGUGCAUCAAAAUCACAAACUGAUAUAUUGAACUGUGUAUCACCUGGUGUGUUUUGUAUGAUUAAAACUAUAAAUGUAUUUUGUUUUGUAUGAUUAAAACUAUAAAUGUAUUUUUUUUUUACAUCUUUCAACAGUCUGUAAGUAAAAGUAAUGAAAUAAGCACUCAUUCAGUCAUAUUGACAAUUGCAUGAAAAAUUUAAAUAUUGCUUUUGUUUAAAUACAAUUCAGUGAACACAUCUAGAUUUUGCUCACUAAGCAGACAAUAAUUUAUGUGGUUUCAUACUGCCAUAGGUUCAGCUAAAUAUAAUACAUAUUGAUAUGGAAUAGAUUGGAAGAAGGUUAAAGAAUAUCUUGUAUUACUUAGAUUAGUAGAGUAAAGUAGCUACUGGCCCAGGACAAAACUAAUUUAAGCUAUGCAAUUGAUCUAUUAAAAGUAGUGCUUGUAAUUGUAUUUUCUAGAAAGAAAGACCACAACAAUUAAACAACACUUGAAUGUUUCCAAUAUAUUUACCAAAAACAUAAAAGAAAUGGAAAAGGGCAUUUAUUUUUGUAAAGAAUUGAUAAAUGAGUUGUGAUAUACCCUACUGAGUGAUUUAAAUACUUUUUUUUUGCAAGAAAAAUUUAUUUAUGCUCAUAUAUUUUCUUAAAAAUAUAUUGCCAUUUAUUCAUAAUAAAAACAUAUCAUUUUCUAUUUCUGCUAUUUACAUGAACAUUUAUAUUAUCAGUACAUUUGAAUUUAAGUGACUACAUGAUUUUGCCUUAUGCCUUUUCAUGCCAAUGAACAUGAUGAAUGAACAAAACGAAAUGUGAAAAUACUGUUCAAUUCUUUUUAAGUAUCAUGAACACUUAUACCUCUGACUGCAGUUCUUGAAUUUAUAGCCUAUAUUAUUUUAGGGUUCAACUUUUAUGGAAAUCAUUCUCAGGAUAUCAUAAAAUAAAUAACUUUGUAUCAAAAGCUUUGUGGUUAUUUUGAAAGUUAGUAACACUUAAAAAGCCAAGUUUCAAAUUAUAGUUUUUACCUUGAAUUCUAAAAUCAAAAAAAAUUAUUUUUUUUUAAUGUUUUAAAGAAUUCUUGAACUUUCUUAUGUCUCAGUUACAUUGAAGCUGGGUUUUAUUGAAUAAUUACAUAAGAUUCCCACCAG